AUGCGCAGCGCCCUGGUCCUGCUCGCCGCCGUCCUAAUCUGUUCGUCGCUGCCGGCGUUUGCGGCGUCCGACGAGCCCUCCGGAUCGUCGAUAUACGAGGUCCUGAAAAACCACGGCCUGCCGAUGGGUCUUCUCCCCAAGGGGGUCAGGAAUUUCAGCUACGACAACUCCGGCAAGUUCCAGGUCCACCUGGAUCGCGCCUGCAACGCCAAGUUCGAGAACGAGCUUCAUUACGACAUGAACGUAUCCGGCACGAUCCGGUACGGUCAGAUCGAUGGGUUGUCGGGGAUUUCGGCGCGGGAUUUGUUUCUGUGGCUGCCUGUGAUUGAAAUCCGGGUUGAUAUCCCCAGCUCCGGGUUGAUUUACUUCAAUGUGAGCGUGGUCUCGAAGCAGUUUUCUCUGUCUUCUUUUGAGACUCCGAGAGAUUGUGUGGCGGCUCCUGGUCCAGGUUCGGAUUUACAGGCCGUCCCCGGUAUAGCAGAGUCUGCUUCUAAAAUUCGGUUGGGGAGGCUCAGAUACAAGGUCAAUCAGGAUAAUGCAGCAGAGGCAACAAUAUCUGAGGAGAGACUCCGCUCUAGGGAUCAUAUUUCUUUGUGUUCUGGUUUUUGUGCUCGUGAAGUUGCUUUUCGUAGUGAUGAUGAGUCCACAGAGUAG